AGUUGCUCAGCCAGGAACAGACAAAUGAAAUUCAGCGUCUUUCUCGGAACCAGUAACAGUCUGGAGAUCUUCUGGACUUGGAGGGAGGGGAAGUCGGUUUUCUAAAAGUUUCUGGGAGGAGUCUGACACGUGAAACUUUGCCGAGGAGCUGUUUGGUAUGUGUGCUGGUAGUGGCUCCGUUAACUCUGCAGACUGACCAACUUCAGAGAGAGGCUCACUGCGCUGCUGUUGCCUAUUUUUAGAAGUCUGUCCAAUGGAGGAAAAACGAAGGGACUUAAACUAACCAGGGAGGAAAAAUUAUAUUACAAAAAAAAAAAUCCUGACUGCCUCAGAAUGAGCACACACAAAGCCUCGGAGUAAGGGAAUUCAACAACCUAACAGACGGCUGUGUUUUCUAUUUAUUUAACUCUACUUUAAAAGUCAAAUUGCUGUGGCCCCUGGAGAAAGUUGCGCGCUGCGCCAUGGCUGCCCAGUGCGACCCUCUGAGCGGAUACUUGCAGCAGCAGCAGCAGCAGCAGUCAGACCAGGGCUCCAACAGCGAGCGCAGCACCGACUCCCCUCUCCCCGGAUCAGAGGAGGACCUUAGCGGCCCCCAUCCACUGCCAGACCCGGAGUGGACAGAGGAGAGGUUCCGGGUGGACCGUAAGAAGCUGGAAAUCAUGUUGUUAGCUGCCUCUGAAGGGCGAGUAAAUGGCGGUGAGGAUUUCUUUCAGAAGAUCAUGGAUGAGACCCAAACACAGAUAGCCUGGCCUUCCAAACUGAAAAUUGGAGCCAAGUCCAAGAAAGAUCCACACAUCAAAGUGUGCGGAAAAAGAGAUAAUGUGAGAGAAGCUAAAGACAGAAUCAUGUCUGUGCUUGACACAAAGAGCAACAGGGUGACUCUGAAGAUGGACGUUUCCCACACAGAGCACUCCCACGUCAUUGGCAAAGGUGGCAACAACAUCAAGAGGGUGAUGGAGGAGACAGGGUGCCACAUCCAUUUCCCUGACUCAAACAGGAACAACCAGGCAGAAAAAAGCAAUCAGGUUUCCAUUGCAGGACAGCCAGCAGGCGUGGAGGCAGCUCGUGUAAAAAUAAGGGAGCUGCUACCUCUCGUGCUGUCUUUCGAACUCCCAGCCAUCAUGCAGUCUGACCCAAGCUCUCCCACUGUGCAACACAUCUCACAGACAUACAACCUCACAGUUUCCUUCAAGCCCCCAACACGUCUCUACAGGGCCACCGGAGUUGUCCGUGGUUCACAGAAUAACGUCAGUGCUGUAAAGAGAGGUACUGCUCUGUUGCUGGAACACCUGGCUGGAAGUCUAGCGAGCACCAUCUCCAUCACCACCCACUUGGACAUUGCACCCCAACACCACCUUUUCAUGAAGGGACGCAACGGCAGCAAUAUCAAACACAUAACCCAGAGAACGGGAGCCCAGAUCCACUUCCCCGACCCCAAUGGCCCCCAGAAAAAAUCCACAGUCUACAUUCAGGGCACCAUCGAAUCUGUUUGCCUAGCACGGCAGUAUCUUAUGGGCUGCUUGCCUUUAGUGUUAAUGUUUGACAUCAAAGAGGACAUUGAGGUGGAACCUCAGUGCAUUACAGCACUAAUAGAGCAACUGGAUGUCUUCAUCAGCAUAAAACCGAAGCCAAAGCAGCCCAGCAAGUCGGUCAUCGUGAAGAGUGUGGAAAGAAAUGCUGUCAACAUGUACGAAGCUCGGAAAUUCCUCUUGGGUCUUGAAAGCAAUGGGGUGUCCUCCUCUUCACCCUCCCUGGCACUGAAUCCCCCCAAUAAUGGUCCAUCGCCAUCCCUCAUUUGCCCUGUCGGCCUGGACAUCCUGACCUCAGCUGGCCUGGGGCUGAGUAAUCUGGGUUUCUUAGGUGCAACAGCACCCCAUUCCCUCCCCACAUCUCCUACUCCAAACACCGUUUUGAACAGUUUAAACUCAGCUCUGAGCCCGCUGCAGACACCCAACCCAAACACUCCCACCCCACCCCCCUCUAUGUGGCCUAGCUCGCUCACCAGCACCCAAAGCUUCACGUCACAGCUAGUGCUGCAUCCUGCAGCUCAGGCCACUCUAAGCAGCAUCCUAAUGUCAGGAGUGCAGAGUUACACACACAGCACACCAUCUCCUCCGCCGGGCCUAGCCCCUAUAGACAAGCAGCCAAACGGGGUCCCUGAAUGCGCUCUUAAUGGACAUGUCAAGCAUCCUUAUGGGAGAUUAGCACCAGCAUCGCUCACAGAAACGGUUUUAAGUCCAACGCCAUGCGACUCGGCCCAGGAGGCCAGCGGACACAACCCUUCAGAGCCACUGUCAAGCAAAUCCAACCCAGAUGAAGGCUCAGACACAUUUGUGGAAGUGGGCAUGCCGAGGAGCCCCUCUCAUUCAGCCAAUGGGAGUGAACUGAAACAGAUGCUGGCUUCAUGCAAGACGUCAUCUGGGAAGCGACAGGCUGUCGAGCUCCUGCAGGGCACCAAGAACUCCCAUCUACAUUCUGACUGUCUCCUGUCGGACGCUGAGUCCAGCUCAUCGGACGGGCCUGUGGCAGAUAAGAGGGCGCCGGGGAGCGAGCGGGCAGCUGAACGGGCAGCACAGCAGAAUGAGAGAGAGAGGAUCAGACUGGCACCACAGACCUCUUUUGCCAACAUGCAGGCAUUUGACUACGAACAGAAAAAGCUGUUGGCAACCAAAGCAAUGUUAAAGAAGCCUGUGGUGACAGAGGUACGAACCCCAACAAACACUUGGAGCGGUCUGGGCUUUUCCAAAUCCAUGCCAGCUGAGACCAUCAAGGAGCUGCGGAGGGCCAAUCACGUCUCAUAUAAACCCAGCAUGAGCACCACUUAUGAGGGUUCUCCGCUGUCUUUGUCUCGAUCCGGCAGCAGAGAAGGCGUGGGGAGUGGCAGUGACUCAGAUAACUGGAGGGAAAGAAACGGGAACGGGCUGCCGAACCACACAGAGUUCCCCUCUGCUGUCAGCAGUCCGAAGAGAAAGCAAAACAAAUCUGUUGCAGAGCAUUACCUCAGCAGCAGCAACUACAUGGACUCGAUCUCCUCAGUAACUGGCAGCAACGGCUGCAACCUGAAUUCUUCCCUGAAAGGCUCAGACCUUCCUGAGCUCUUCAGCAAACUGGGUUUAGGGAAGUACACCGACAUCUUCCAGCAGCAGGAGAUCGAUCUCCAGACAUUCCUGACUCUCACAGACCAGGACCUGAAGGAACUAGGAAUCACUACAUUUGGUGCCCGCAGGAAAAUGCUACUUGCUAUUUCAGAACUAAACAAGAACCGCAGGAAGCUUUUCGAGCCACCCAUCAGGUCCUCCUUCUUGGAAGGGGGAGCUAGCGGCCGACUUUCCCGCCAGUUUCAUGCAGACAUGGCUAGUGUCAGCGGCCGAUGGUAGACGUCGUUUCCCCGGAAACCAUCCGUAAAGACUGUGUUUUUCAUUGGUGCACAAGUUCCUGCAGUUGUGUACUCCUACUUCAUUCUUGUAAACUUUUGCGUUAAUAUGCAAAACGAAGUCUGUUUUUUUUUAUUUUGUUUUUUUAAGCCAUAGUUUUACCUGAAGUGCCAACUAAAAAUAAGGGAUUUUUUCAGUGUUAACUCCUUACAGCAACUCUAUCUAAAGCAUUCCUAAAGGGAUGCUAACAGUAUGGUUCAAAAGAAGGGUACUGUCCAGUAUUUGUCUCCAGGUUUUUCAUAAAGGGAACAGGCAGAAUGAUUAGUAUAAUCCUUUUACCGAUUGAUACUACCUGCAUUCGUAUUAUGCGAUUGUAUCAGUGAUAUGCACUUUAUUACUAGAUUUUUGCCUGUCGGAGCCUUACUCUUUACAAUGAAGGAAUAUAAUCUAUAGUUUGUUUGUUUUUUUCUAUAGAAUGAAAGCACAGAUGCAUUUUGUACCAAAAAAUAAAUGCAAGGAAGCACUUAGCCAGUGAGAUUAAGACUCCUCCAAAUGAAGUAGGUCUCCACACCCAAGCAGUGACUCCGUCUGCUUUAAAGAACUAGUUUUGAUUCAUGAAGCAAGGUUCUGUUAAGAAUCUUUAAGCAACUGAUAUAUGACAUUCAGAAGAUGAUUUACGAUCUUGGUUUACUAUAAAUCGAGAUGAUAGGUCUUGUAGCUGAAGCUUGUUACACCGUUAUCAUAUUUGCAUACGAUGGCUGAUUACGCUGAAGCCUAAUAGGAAAUGAAUGAUAGGAAAUGAAUGCUGAAGGCGGUGCGCCAUUUAUAAUCUUCCCACGUACUGAGAGCAGAAAAAAAAUGUAAGGCAUUUCAGGUUCGAGUAAACGCGUGAUAUAAAAGUAAAGCACUGUUAAAAUGAAUAAAGUUGCAUUUGCCUGAUCUGCUACGAUAAUCUUCCUUUUAUAUCAGUUACUCUAAAAAGAUGCCACAUGUUCCUUUAUCAGUACAUGUUUGACACUUGAUGAUUAUUGGUGGCUCCAUAACCACCCGAUGCAGACAUAGCGAUUGGUUGAAGUUUUCUAAAAUCAUUUUACUUCUGUUUGUUCUCAAUCACUUUCAGACCAGUUGUUAGCUUUAGCCCUCAACACCAACUGCUCACAACCUUGCUUCUUAAAUU